AUGGCGAGCCAAAACAUUGCGGUGUUUGGUGUGUUAACACUAUCGUUGUGUUGUUUUUGCUACGGAGGUGUCGUCACAGUAGACCUAAAUGGAAACUGGACGGUACGAGAUGAAAACAGAGGUAUAUCUGUUACUGGGAAGGUGCCUGGAAACAUGUAUACAGCCCUCAUGGAGAGUAACAUGAUUCAUGACCCGUAUUACAGGAAAAAUGACGAAGAGUAUCGUUGGAUUUCCAGGGAUGACUGGUCAUACAGUCGUACAUUUCAAGUGACCAGUGAAAUGCUAGGACAGAACACCCUUGAGCUAGUCUGUGAUGGGUUAGAUACUGUGGCUGUGAUCUUUAUCAAUGGUCAUGUCAUUGGUCAGUCAGACAAUAUGUUUGUCCGUUAUAUAUUCAACAUCAAACAGGCUGCUGUUGUUGGUACAAAUACUAUAAAAAUAUCUUUCAAAUCAGCUGUAAAGUAUGCUGCCCAGCAGGCAGCAAAUGGGGAGUAUGUUGUUCCCCCGGAAUGUCCCGUCCCUUCAUAUCAUGGAGAUUGUCAUGCCAACAUGAUCAGGAAGAUGCAGAGUUCAUUCAGCUGGGACUGGGGUCCAUCAUUUCCUACACAGGGAAUAUGGAAAAGUAUAUAUGUACGAAGUUACAACCACGGGGUCAUCAGUCAAGUUACUACAGAAACAAUCCUAGGGAGUGACAACAACUGGACACUGAAAACCGAGGUGUUCAUGGACAUCCCAGAUGGUCAGAAUACUAGUGGAAAUUUGGAAAUACGACUGGAUGGGACACCGGUCACUCACCAAGAACCGAUUAGCCUUACUAGGGAUAACUGUUCAGUAUCUAUAUCUAUCGCCAUCCCAAAGACAGUGCCCAUUAAGAUGUGGUGGCCAAAUGGCCAUGGUAACCAGACACUGUACAAGCUGUACACAUUCUUCACCAGCACAAAUGGGCAGGAAAUGUCGGGAAAGAAAAUUGAUAUUGGAUUUAGAACUGUCGAGGUGGUACAGGACUUUGUCUCUGCCAAUCAAAGCCAAGGUCGAACAUUUUACUUCAGGAUAAAUAACAAACCGAUCUAUUUCAAGGGGUCUAACUGGAUCCCUGCUGAUGUGUUUCUGGACAGAGUUACUCCAGAUUAUGUUAAUGAGCUGCUACAGGCUGCAGCAGAUGUCAACAUGAAUGUGCUGCGUGUGUGGGGAGGUGGGGUUUAUGAGAUGGAGGAGCUUUAUGAGGCCGCAGACCGUCUGGGAAUAAUGAUCUGGCAGGAUUUUAUGUUUGGUUGUGCUAUGUACCCAGUACACGAAUCAUUCAUGGACAGUGUAGCUUCGGAAAUUACAUACCAGGUUCGGAGAUUGAAACACCAUCCUUCUAUUGUGAUCUGGAGUGGAAAUAAUGAGAAUGAGAAAGCCCUGAUCCAGAGUUGGUACAACACAGACGCUAACUUUACACGCUACAAAAGUGAUUACUUAACUUUAUAUAAAGGCCUCAUGGCUCCCCUGGUAGCCAGAGAGGAUUCUAGUCGUCCGUUCAUCCUGUCUAGCCCGGGGAACGGUGUAGAAAGUCUACAAGAAGGGGGCGUGGCCACUGAACCUUGGAGUGAGCUAUACGGUGACAUCCACGAGUAUAAGUACUUGUUGCCAUUUUACUUGGACGGAACAUACAGAAUACCACGAUUUUCCUCCGAGUACGGCCUCCAGGCAUACCCCUCCUAUGAAACACUGAAGAAAGUGUAUGCCCCUGAGGACCUUACAUACUGGUCUGACCUGAAUGACUACAGACAGCAUCACCCAGCUGGUAAUGUUGAGUUGAUGGCUGAAAUCAGUAUGCUGUUCACUCUCCCAAAUAGCACUGACCCGAAUCAGAGAUUUAAAGAUAGCAUUUAUCUUACACAGAUAACUCAGGCUGUUGGUAUAAAAGCAGAGACAGAACAUUAUCGUCGAUGGCAGAAUCGUCUGGAUGAGUCUGGGCGAGGCAACACCAUGGGUGCCAUGUACUGGCAGCUGAAUGAUAUCUGGCAGGCACCAACAUGGGCUUCUUUAGAAUAUGGUGGACAGUGGAAAAUGCUGCAUUAUUUUGCUCGACAUUUCUUUGCGCCACUUCUUAUCUCCCCUUACAUGGACGGCGAUGAUGUCUAUGUGUAUCUAGUAGCAGACCAUAUCCCAGUGGUGGAGGAUCGUCAUCCUGACACACAUCGUCUAACUUUCCGUCCCGACUACAGCACUGGACUAGGAAAGGUGCGUGGGCUGGGUCUUUCGGGACAACUACACAUAGUCAUGUACUCCUGGAAUAACUCUACCCCUCUUCAUAGUUGGGUACAACAGUACUCGUUGAAUGAAACAUCUGAGCUGGUCUUCCAUAACAAUACCCUCGAUAUGAUGAAAGAAGCAGGUUGUAUUCAAGGGAAAAACUUCUGCUUCCUGUUUUUCCAUCUUGGGGACCCUGGCAAUGAACCUGUUGCUUGGCAACCACUCACUGAAUACAAAAGUGUUGUUGGACUCAAAAAUUCUGUUGUACAGGUUGUAGAUGUGCAGCAGACCACGACAGAUAAACAGGUGUACAACAUCACUGUAACAGCAGGCUCUAUUUCUGUAUUUGUUUGGUUGGAUGCUCACGACAUUAGAGGCAGGUUUUCAGACAAUGGCUUUCUGAUGGUCACUUCCAAGAAAUUAGUGCAGUUUUAUGCAAGUGAACCUACCGACGUAUCCUCUCUCCGAAUCGCGCUAACAGUGAGAUCUCUGGCUGAUGUCUAUCAUUGAACAAUUAAAGAUGUACCACAUCAGUGCACAUUAAACAAUGUUGUUAAUCAAUACUCCAAAUAAGUUUUAUGCUUUUGGUUAAAAUUUCAUUUUAAUCACAGAGACUAAUAUACCGUGGGGUAUAUAUAUAUAUUUUUGUAAAACCAUUCAAAGCUGUCUUGGCAGCAGCAGUGCCUUUGAGCAUCAUGUAACUUUUAUUGUUUAGUAAUUUUCAAAAUCAUUUCUAAAAGCUUUAUUUGAAGAAAAGACGUUUUGAAACACAUCUAUGUCUACCCAUCUUAAUGUAGAUUUUCUGGUUCUCAUUCUGGUAAUUAGUUCACAGUGGCCUACUCACUCCAAGGUCAAACAAGAACACAAUUUUCUAUGGUGUUAGACUGGGAACGCUUGAUGUCAAAGUCACAUAAAACCGACAAGCAUAACACAUUGUGUGUACCCCACAAGUGUUAGUGGUAAUUAUUUCAACAACAUCAAUUUUAUUCGUUAUUCAUUUUCUGUGCAAUAUACAAUUUUGUAAGGUGCUAAAGGCCUCCUACCUGCAGCCCAAAAUGUGUUUAUAAUUAUUGAUAUUUACAUAUGACAUAACCUUCCAUUCAUCGUAUCAAUUUCUGUAUUGAAAUAUAGGAACAUUUGUGUUUGUUUGUUAAUCAUUACAUGUAAUUAUCUUUUGUUAUGAAUUUUAA